AUGCCGUACCAUCAGUGGAAGGUCCGGGUGUUCUGCCGAGGUUGUGGGAAGCAUCUUACAGGUGCUGGUAUCCACAAAAGGGCUCGGAAGGUCCUGGAUAUUGAUAGGUUUUACCUGCUUGUGACAGAGACACUCAGGUGCAGUGGGUGCAAUCUCACAUACAUAUCAACGUCCCAGACCAUCCGGGAACAGCUGGACUUGCCACACCAAAAGCUGUUUCGGCUCAUCCUGACCCAGAAGUAUGCCUGUGACAUACGUGUCAUUCGCCUGAUGCGGGAUAGGACUCAGGGGAACAGCUCUGCACGGCUGCUGAAACAACUAAAAGAAAAUCAUGGGGAGGAAUGGCUGGAUAGGUUGGGGCAUUAUUUUGAAGAGUGCUCUAACUUUGUUAAUCGGCCAAGCCUGUUCCCAGUUGUGUGCCAGGAGCCCCCAGAGCCCGCUGAUGUCCCCACUGAUCGCUGGUUGCUGUCUGUGUAUGGCAGAGACAUCCUGUCACGCAUUGACCACAUCAAAGCCAGCAUCACAUCCACAGUAGGCACCAUAUUAAAGAUGGAUUCCACCAAAAAGAUCACAAAGAAGCUGGCAGGACACAGCAAAGGAACGGCUCUGUGGGUGUCUUCUGUGGGCAAUGAGCUGGGCCAGAUCUUAAAUAGUGUGGUAACUGUGCAGGAGGGUCCAGGUCUUGACAGGAUGGCUGCUGGCCUGAUGGAGCGGUACCGCCAGGCUGGGGUUGCACCUCCUAAGGUCCUAUAUGUUGACUGUGGCUGCUGUGUGACUGAUGGGCUGAGCAAGCUGCAGGCAAGGUUUGGAGAGUGGCCAGAUCUCCACAUUCGACUUGAUAUUUGGCAUUUCAUGCGGCGUCUGGCUGUGGGAUGUACUACAGAUGCUCAUCCCCUUUAUCCUGCUUUCAUGAGAGCCCUGUCCUCGUGCAUCUUUGAGUGGGAUGCAGGGGAUCUUGACCUCCUCCGGAGAGCAAAAACAAAGCAGCUCCAACAAGAACAGAGACCUGGUAUAACCAGCAGCAUGGUGGACAGCCAAAUAACCAAAAACGAGCUGAGUACUUACUGCCGUAGGAGGACUCGGGGAGAGGAAGCAACACUUCUACAUAUAGAACGACUGCUGGAGGAGCUGAGGGGUCCAAAAGGGAGAGACUUGAUGGGCUUCCCUCUGCUGGAUGAAGUGAGGAUGGAUCACAUCUGGCGUGUGCAAAAACGACACAUAAAAUGCAUCCAAGAUGUUCCAGGGAUUCAGUUGUACACUGAAGUAGGAAGUAUAAACAAAAAUGGCAUCAAGCUCACCAGCUACCGCUGUGCCAGAGGAUCAACAUCUCUGGAGUCUUUCCAUUGCCAUUUGAACAGGUUUAUUUCUGGAACAAGCGCAAAUCUGCUGAAUUUCCAGCUGUAUAUUCUGGAAGGCCUUAACAGGUGGAAUCAGGAUCGGGGCACUGCAGCAGUGAGCAGCAAGCCAUCCUGUCUUCUCACAUAUGCUGGAGACAUGACACAGUGCAUUAAUAAGAACAGCCUGAAGGUACUUGGAAGAGAGUACGUUCCAAACUUCACACCUCCAUCAAAAUACACAGGUGAGCUGCUGGGUGUUGACUACCUGUUAAGUCAAACGGGCAAGCCUCUAAAACCACAGCCUGACUCAGAGGAGACUGAUGGGCUUCUAGAAGAAGUGGAUCCAACUGAAGGGGAGGAAGAUGAAGGCUUCAUGGAUGAGGAUGAUUUGGACUUAGUGGUACCAGGACUUCAAGAUGGUGUCCUUCUCUCUGCGACCUCACAACUUGAAACCUUCACCCAGCAUGCUUCCACAUCCACCCAGCCUGCUGCCACUUCACAGGGUGUGGAUGAGGCAGGUGUACCAGGCCUUGACAAAGUGGACAGCUUGGCUGAGUAUCUGGUGGAGCUGAGGAAAAAAACCUCUCUGGUCCUGAACAACCAAGAGGUUAGCAGCAUUAUUGCUUUGUGGGAGAACCUCAUGAACUUCGACAAGCAGAAGGUGGUAUUUGCUGCAAGGCACCAAGACAAACUGAACACUGGCAGGUUUAGGUCCCCCAAAAAGAGGCAGGAAUUUACCCCUGGGGUUGAAAACGUGCCGGAGACGCAGGCUUGGAGAGAUCGCUUGUCCAAGGUGGGGGAGCUAGCGCAGUAG